CUGGUGCUGGUUCCUUCCUGCCCCGUCUCUCUUAUCUCUCUCUGUUCUGCUGUGUUUCUGGAGGUGGAAGGGAGAAGGAGAGAGGAGGAAGCGAAAGAAGGGCAGCUGCUGGAGUCUGGGGUUGCGGCUGCUGCUGUUUCCCCGAGAAGGAGGUUGCAGCUGCUGUUGCUGCUGGUGGUGGUGUGCACUACAGGGGAGACCGGGAGUUGGGUGCUGCUGCUAGAGGAGAAGGUGCUGGUGGUGGUCUGUUCCUGGAGCUGCUGCUGUGCUGUUAGUGGAGCUAUUGUUGUGCUGUUCCUGCUGCUGUGCCUCUGAGUUGCUGUUUUUGCUGCUGUGUGUUGGUUCUGCUGUGGAGAAGAAGUGAGGCUGUGGUGCUGCUGGAACACCAAAGAUGGCUGGACCAAAUGCUCUCGCUGCUGCUUUCGAGAAGCUCGCUAAGAUCCUCGCGGAGUCCAACUCCAACUCUGGGGCCAUCGUUCCUCGACAGGAAGUGGCUCAGAAGCUCGAAAUGUCACCCCUGGACAUGAAGCUAGAGGUGGCCACAAAUUAUUUGAGCUGGUCCAGAAGGGCAUUGCUGGCUGUGGAACAGAAGGAACUUGAUGGGCACUUAUUGGGUGCGGUUGAUGAACCCGGAGACAAGACUACCGCGGAGGGAAAGCGGUGGAAGGUCAUAAACUCUGUGCUUGUUGGCUGGUUGUUGAACUCAGUGGUGCCCUCCAUUGGUCGCUCUGUGGAGGGACUAUCCACGUCCGCCGAGAUAUGGAAGACUCUAUCCACCCAAUACUCAGGCAAGGGUAAUUUCAUGCUAAUUGCUCAUAUUGAGAGGAAGAUCAGUCGGCUGCGCCAAGGCGAUGACAUGUCAGUGAUGGCAUAUGUAGCAGAGCUGCAGGCUUUGUGGGCAGAGCAGGAUAACUGUGAUCCUCUGGAACUCUAUGAUGCGGCGUGCAUCGAGUCAGGGCGCAAGUGGAUUGCACGCAGGCGUGUGCUGAAACUGUUGGAAGGCCUCAGAGGUUGCUUUCAUGGCAAGGGGGCUUCCCUGUUGCACCAACCUCUCCUGCCAACUAUUGAGGAGACUAUUGCAACAAUGUCUCAAGAGGAGGUGAGGCUAUCUCUUGAGCAUGCAAACGUGAAGUUUGUGCCGGCUUCGACAUUUGCAGUCACUGAGCGCAUGGAGUGGGGAGAUCCCAACAAAUGUCAUAUUUGUGGGGAGGUAGGUCAUUGGAAGAGGGAAUGUCCAACUCGUGGUAGAGGCAGGGAAUACAACAGAGGGGGCACUGGCAGAGGCAGGUAUGCUCGAGGCAGAGGUGGAUACCCAUGGAACUCAGGGGGUCAACUUUCUAGGGGCAGAGGUGGCUACUCAGGAAACUCAGGGUGCAGGGCGCAUAUGGUAGUUGAAGAGGACACUGGGACGUCACAGGGCAAGGGAGUUGAUGAGGCUGCCUAUGGGGACUUUGCUCACUGGGCCUCCACUGAUGAAGGAGCGACAGACGAGCCAGACGGUUGGGACUGGCACCAGGCGUAGGGGGCUCUGGUACAUGGACCAGGAGGUGCAACCGGACUUGGUGUGUGCUGCGACCAUGGAGGACAAGGAGAAGCAGGCGAUGAUCCAUCAUUGUAGAAUGGGUCAUGUAUCUUUUGAUAAGAUGAGUAGAAUCUUUCCGGAUGUUAUGUGUGGAAUAGGCAAGGGCAAGUUGACAUGUGAUGCUUGCGAAUAUGCAAAACACACAAGAGCCUCAUAUGUGAGUAAGGGGCUUAGGAGCAUAUCUCCUUUUAUGCUCAUUCAUUCGGAUGUAUGGACUAGCCCAGUAGUGUCAAUGAAUGGAAAGAAGUAUUUUGUUA